AAUUGAAAAUUUGCAUGUCUCUGAGCACUCCAUCUACCACCCUCCCUCCUUCAGGGUGUUGGGAGGGCAGGUGACACAUCCUGCCUCUGCCCCUCGUCUCAUUAGGGUGUGCUGAGCAAGGUAGCGGGUAAUUUUUUUUGUCUGAUUGAUUAUUUUUCUCUCAUCGACCGCUCUUUGCAAUAAUCGUUGGUGUUGGCCCUUCGAAGGGAGAGAAGCUGAAAAUUUGGAAAGAGAGAGAGCUGGGAAGGGGUGUACGUCCGUGGUCAUCUCUCUCUCUCUCUCUCUCUCUCUCUCUCCCCUCUCUCUUCGUGGCGCUGCGUCCAGUUCCGGUGCUUGCCUCUCAGGUUGGCCACAGUCCAACGGCGGAUGGUUGAGAUGCGUGCAACGUGGUGGCUAAGAGGUUGUUGAAGGUGGUGAUGAUAGACGGGAUCGCAAUGAUUCUCGUGGAAGGAAGUGCAGCUGUGUAGCACGGACCGUUGUGGCGACGACACGUGGCCAUCAAGGAAAGGAAGGGAGGGCGUCAUAUAGACUUGCGCGGUGUCGGACGCUGUGGAUCUUGCCUGCUACAUCUUCUCUGGUCUUCCUUGAUUGGUUUCUCUCUGGAUCUGGAUCUUUCCUGGGGUACAAUUUGCGCGGACGGCGUUUGUGAGUAAUAGUUCGACAAGAGGAGGAGGAGGAGGAGGAGGAGGAGAAGAUAAAAAGGGGUGCAGCGAAGAUGGCCGUCGUUUACCUUGGGUGGUGGAAGGCCAUGCUGUAUAUGUCCCCUUAUGUCUUCUCGGCAAUUGGGAUCGCGCUUGCAGUGGGCGUCUCCGUUCUUGGCGCCGCAUGGGGGAUCUUUAUCACGGGAAGCAGUCUUGUUGGUGCUGCCAUCAAGGUUCCACGAAUCACGUCGAAGAAUUUGAUCAGCAUUAUCUUUUGUGAAGCUGUCGCCAUUUAUGGUGUCAUUGUGGCGAUCAUUUUGCAAACAAAGCUUGAGCCCUCUCCCAGGGGUCCUGAUGGAAGGUACACCCCUCAGGCAAUGAGGGCGGGAUACUCUCUUUUUGCGUCGGGCUUGAUUGUAGGCCUGGCCAACCUCGUUUGCGGGUUAUGCGUAGGAAUCGUCGGUAGCAGCUGUGCACUUUCAGAUGCGCAAAACUCCACGUUGUUUGUGAAGAUUCUUGUCAUUGAGAUCUUUGGCAGUGCACUUGGCCUUUUCGGGGUCAUUGUCGGAAUUAUCCUCUCGUCGCAAGCAGUAUUCAAGUGAGAGAGGGUGAAAAUGCCUGCAGGUGUGAGUUGGGGGAGAAAUCAGGAAAUCGGGAACAGUGGAAGGCUUGGAAAGCUGUGCCAGCUGCAUAAUUUUUUGUCCUCCCAUUCUAAAGGGCGGUUCAAGACGAGGCGCAUGCAUGGCCGGCCCCUCCUGAUCUCUGGCAGAAGGCUCGAAAACCCGUUCCAGGCACGUAAUUCAAUGCUCUUGGCUUGCGAUACCUAAGGCAGUAGCAAUCACAAAAGCUCAUUUAUAUGUUUGCUGGUUGCUGGCAGGCUAUCAGAAAUCUACAAUAGCAGGAAUGAAGAAAAUUUUGUACCGUGUAGUAGAACUAUCACGUUGCGUCCAGUGACAGAGUGAGUGUGUUCACGUUCCCAAUACUGCUCACUCGGGAUUUCAUUACCUUUCAAUUCGAUGUCUUCAUUUCGGGAUAUCCUCUGUCUAUCGAAGUGACUAUGCGGAUCAGAUAAUGUCUUGAAAGGAUGCACAAUGUGGCUACUUCUCUCUUGUCAUGUGAUCUAUCUCUCGUAGUAUGGUAGCCUGUGCUUCGUUGUGCGCGUAGCGAGUAGAGAGGGCAUCCUGCGCUAUGUGUUUUGCAUGUAGCGAGUAGAGAGGACAGCCUGCAUUAUUUGUAAUAUUUGCAUAUAUGAAUAGGUUGUAGCAUUUGUCACAAUCGGAUAUGUUUUUCAAAUCCGUUGAAUGAGAGUAAGCGGAAGUAUAGUGAUGCCUGUUAAGCCACCGGUACUUUCCCGAGCGUCUCUGCAACGCGGAAGUGCUUGUGCCAUGUCUUCCGGCCGGAUGUCCCAGCAUGCCAUUUUGCGCCGAAUUCAUCCGGAGGCAGAAACGGUCUCGCGAAACUGCAGACUGGUACAUCCGGCCAGAUGCUGGGUGGGCACUGCGGCGUCGCAGGACAAUGGUCGGGAGGAAAGUACUGGUUGUUUAAGUGAACCAAGCCUGCCUGAGUACGUUUAAAUGUGGCAGAAUGUGGCAGUUGCAAGGUUGGUUAUGAUGGAUGUUGCAAAGGAGUCUAGCGAACGUGUUGAAAGUCUGGAGGAUGUGCUGAGAGAGAGAGACACUGCAGAUGCAGAGUAGUGAUUGGUGCGCAGAGAAAGCGGAAGAACCACUGUUACGUCUUUUUUUGUAGGUGAUGACAUGCGGGAGGGCUUCAGAAGAACAGCGAGAAUGUGAAAGAAUGUGUUAUGCCUGUGUAGUUUAUGACAUGUGGGUGAACCCGUUAUGACAUGGUACAGCUAUGAAACACUCUCUUGAUAUAAAAGAAGUGUUUGAGGAAAUGCGCUUUGUGUUUGAGGAAAUGCGCUUUCUUUGAAACUCUUUCCCUAUUUACCGCAGCAGAGGACUUUUUCUGGGCUUUUGUUAUCCGCAAUGUGGCUGAGGAAUUAAUCUAAAUGAAUGUGCUACCCUCAA